CUCUCUCUCUCUCUCUCUCUCUCUCUUCUCUAACCGAUUGAGACAGACACUGUCACUCGCAGAUUCGGAUCCACCGGUUUAUGAUAAACCCGGACCUUCUCUGAUCCAUUAGAUCGACGUCGUUUAGUUUCGAGGCUCGGAGUUGCUGCUCGUCGUUUCUUUGAUUUCAGUGGACUUCGGAGUUCCGACUUGGAUAUCCGAUUGCUUCUCCUGUUCUUGGCUCGAGAUCCGGGCCAAGCACAGAAGAAACGGGCUCUGGCUUUGGAUUCGGUACUCUUAGACUUCACACAGACAGUGUAAAUGGCCUCAAAGGAGGGAUUCCUGACGAACGAGCAGAGGGAAACGUUAAAAAUUGCCAGCCAAAAUGUGGAGAUUUUGUCAUCAUCCCCGAAAUCUCCGACGUCUUUUCUUUCGGAACAUCAUGUAAAAGCCCCUGCUGGUGGGAAGGCACCAACAGCUGGGAUAGCUGUGCGGCAUGUUCGCCGGUCGCACUCAGGGAAGUUUGUGCGAGUGAAGAAGGAGGGAGGCGGUGGUAAGGGCACAUGGGGAAAACUGCUUGACGCUGAUAGUGAAUCCCCUAUUGAUCGCAAUGACCCUAAUUAUGAUAGUGGCGAGGUAAAAUAUCAACUUGUUGGGUCAACUAUCACAGAUCCCUUGGAUGAAUACAAGAAAGCCGUUGUUUCAAUCAUUGAGGAGUACUUCAGCACUGGUGAUGUGGCAUUGGCAGCAUCUGACCUCAAAGAACUAGGCUCAAGUGAAUAUCAUUCUUACUUCAUUAAGCGACUUGUUUCCAUUGCCUUGGACAGGCAUGAUAAGGAGAAGGAAAUGGCUUCAGUUUUGCUUUCAUCUUUGUAUGCUGAUGUCAUUAGCCCUAUCCAGAUUAGAGAUGGAUUUUUCAUCCUUCUUGAAUCUGCUGAUGACCUUGCAGUGGACAUACUGGAUGCAGUAGACAUCCUCGCUUUGUUCCUUGCUCGUGCAGUGGUUGAUGACAUCCUUCCUCCAGCCUUCCUCACCAGGGCAAAGAAAGCACUCCCAGAAUCUUCAAAGGGGGUUCAGGUUAUCCAAACUGCUGAGAAGAGCUAUCUUUCAGCUCCACACCAUGCAGAACUUGUGGAAAGAAGGUGGGGUGGUAGCACCCACAUUACUGUUGAAGAGAUGAAGAAAAAAAUUGCUGGUCUAUUGAGGGAAUACGUAGAAAAUGGAGAUACUUUUGAGGCCUGUCGGUGCAUAAGGGAGUUGGGAGUUUCAUUCUUUCAUCAUGAGGUUGUGAAGAGGGCUUUGAUUCUUGCCAUGGAUAUUCGAACAUCAGAACCACUAAUAAUGAAGCUAUUAAAGGAAGCGGCUGAGGAAGGGCUGAUUAGUUCUAGUCAAAUGGUAAAGGGGUUUUCUCGUUUGGCAGAGACCCUUGAUGACCUUGCUCUUGAUAUUCCAUCAGCAAACACCUUGUUUGAGUCGUUGGUCCCGAAGGCCAUAUCCGAAGGUUGGCUUGAUGCAUCAUUUUUGAAAUCCUCUGGUGAAGAUGGUGGCGUACGAGCCGAAGAUGAAAAAGUGAAGCAGUACAAGAAAGAGAUUGUGGCCAUAAUUCAUGAAUAUUUUCUCUCAGAUGACAUUCCGGAGCUUAUCAGGAGCCUUGAAGAUCUUGGGGUACCCGAAUAUAAUCCAUUAUUCUUGAAGAAGCUGAUCACCCUUGCAAUGGAUCGAAAAAACCGUGAAAAGGAAAUGGCAUCUGUUCUGCUUUCUGCCCUUCACAUUGAGAUCUUCUCAACUGAGGACAUAGUUAAUGGGUUCGUCUUGCUUCUUGAAUCUGCAGAGGAUACUGAACUGGACAUUUUGGAUGCUUCAAAUGAGCUUGCGCUUUUCCUUGCACGAGCUGUCAUUGAUGAUGUCUUAGCUCCCCUGAAUUUGGAAGAAAUUGGCAGCAAGUUGCCACCAGAUUGUAGUGGGAGUGAGACUGUUCGAAUGGCUCAAUCACUCAUUUCUGCUCGUCAUGCUGGUGAGAGGAUCUUGAGGUGUUGGGGAGGCGGGACCGGCUGGGCUGUGGAGGAUGCAAAGGACAAGAUAGCAAAGCUGCUGGAGGAGUAUGAGAGUGGGGGUGUAGUGAGUGAAGCCUGCCAGUGCAUUCGUGAUCUUGGGAUGCCCUUCUUCAACCAUGAGGUGGUGAAGAAGGCACUGGUCAUGGCCAUGGAGAAGAAGAAUGACAGGAUGCUUCACCUGCUUCAGGAGUGCUUCAACGAAGGGCUGAUCACAAUUAACCAGAUGACAAAAGGCUUCACCCGAAUCAAGGACGGGCUAGAUGAUUUGGCUCUUGACAUUCCGAAUGCAAGGGAGAAAUUCAGCUUCUAUGUGGAGCACGCGCAGGAGAAAGGGUGGCUCCUUCCUUCCUUCGGAUCAUCUGCUGCGGAUGGCUCACACUGACCCAGGCUGCAGCUUCUUGAGAAGAACAUAUAUUUUUCGAUUUGCUUCUCUCUCAUGUAUGUUGUUGCCCAUGAGCUCUGUGUACUGUUUACAGCCGUUGUUUUCUGCACUUUUUUAAAAGGUGGGAUGUGGGUGGUAUUGGGAUGUUUAGAUUUUUGUUCUGAUGUUUUUCUGUUGUUAGCGGUAAAAUCUGAUCGACGAGAUUAUAGUGAUCCCACUGCCAAUGUAUAAAGUUGGUUCUCUUCGCUUA